AUGGAAGCACCGACGACGGUGAUACCCCUGCUCCGGCGUCAAGUCUCAUUAAUUAUGGAGACCACCCUGCAAGGGGGAUACCGAAACCUGCUAUGCGUAUGUGACUCUUUCCUCCGAAAUCUGGGGCAAAAACACGGCUGCACAAGGGUGCUGAUGGUGGCUCCUGAUGCAUUGAAUGCCUUUGAACAUUUUGGAGAGGCCGCCUCUAUUGGUGGUCGUUCGGACCACGCAGUGAUUGGUUAA